AUGGAUCAUAGCCAGAUGGACCACGGCAAUAUGGGACAUGGCGAUAUGGGUCACGGCGGUAUGGGUCACGGCGGUAUGGAUAUGGGAGGCCAGUGCAAUAUGAAUAUGUUGUUUACCUGGUCUUCUAAGGAUCUCUGCAUUAUCUUUCGCCAGUGGCGCGUUACCGGCCCUUUCUCGUUCCUCUUCUCGCUCGUGCUUAUCGUCGUCCUCACGGCUGGUUACGAAGGCGUCCGCCAAUUUACCCGCCGCUACGAGAUUGCCCAUGCUCAACGUCUGAGUGCCUUUAUGAACUCUUCAGCUACUGGAGAUGAUGGCAUUGCCAACCCAGUCACGGCCAACUUCCCCGAGGAGCCAACCCUGCCCAUUGGUGGCGAGCGCUCACCAUUACUUGUAGGCAGUGAGAACAGGGAUGCCGUUGCUCGCCGGGGAAAGUUUGCCCUCGCGGCACUAUAUGCCCUUCAGGUGUUUUACAGCUUCUUCAUCAUGCUGCUCUUCAUGACCUACAACGGCCAGGUUAUGAUUGCUGUUGCUGUUGGUGCUUUUGCCGGUUACUUAAUGUUUUCGGAGGGCACGCCGGCUAGCAAGAGUGUUGCUUGCCAUUAG